CAGGCCUGUUUGAGUUUGCUCAGUUCAGCAGUGAUAAACAAGGUCAUGUGAUGUUAUACCUCGUAAUAUAAUAACUCGUCCUCUUCAGUUAUAAACAAACUGAGCAGGACGGUGUGACAGUAUCUUUCUGAAUUCAAAUCUUCAUACUAUUCGUCUGCUGAACAAUGGCUGGAAGUGCUGUCGAGACCGGCGACAAGUUCCAGUUUGCUAUUGACAGAGGAGGAACCUUCACUGACAUCUACGCAAGAUGCCCUGGCGGCAAAAUUAGGGUCAUGAAGCUGCUGUCCGUGGAUCCGGCGAAUUACCCGGAUGCUCCCAGAGAAGGAAUUAGGAGAAUUCUAGAGGAGGAACUGGGUACUCCGUUUCCAGCCAAUAAACCUGUAAAUGCUGAGAAAAUAGAAUGGAUUCGCAUGGGAACCACGGUGGCCACUAAUGCCUUACUUGAAAGGAAAGGUGAACGAAUGGCCCUUGUUGUCAACGAAGGCUUCAAAGACGUUCUCUUUAUUGGAAACCAGGCUAGGCCCCGAAUAUUUGAUUUGGCUAUUAAAUGCCCUGAUGUGCUUUACGAGUCGGUAGUAGAGGCUCAAUGUAGAGUGCUGCUAGAGAAAGCAGAGUGCGAGCUUAAAUUUGAUGCUAAUUUGAGAAAAGUGACUGGAAGCACCGGUGAAAAGUUGAUUAUCGUUCAGGAACUAGACGAAGUAAAGCUACGGGCUGAUCUUAUGUCUCUCCUGGAAGUGGGAAUUCAGAGCCUCGCCGUUGUUUUUAUGCAUUCUUACACAUUUCCUGAACAUGAACUGAGGGUUGGCCAGCUAGCUAAACAACUGGGCUUCAAGCAUGUUUCCUUGUCACAUCAGGUAAUGCCAAUGGUGCGAUUGGUGCCCAGAGGUUUUACAGCUUGUGCUGAUGGCUACCUAACGCCGCACAUACAGACAUAUUUAAAAGGUUUUGCCUCUGGAUUCAAAGAUGAUUUGAAAGGGGUCAACGUUCUUUUCAUGCAGAGUGAUGGUGGUCUUUCACCAAUGGAACUGUUCAAUGGAUCAAGAGCAAUUCUGAGUGGCCCAGCUGGUGGGGUGGUAGGUUAUGCCAUGACUUCUUGGGAUGAUACUGCUAAACAACCCAUAAUUGGCUUUGACAUGGGUGGCACUUCAACAGAUGUUAGUCGCUAUGCUGGCGAGUACGAGCACGUCUUUGAAUCGACCACUGCCGGAGUCGCAAUACAAGCGCCCCAGCUGGACAUCAACACAGUAGCAGCAGGCGGAGGCUCCAUGCUGUUCUUCCGGUCAGGCAUGUUAGUUGUUGGCCCUGAGUCCGCUGGAGCACACCCUGGGCCAACCUGCUACCGAAAGGGUGGUCCUUUGACUGUUACAGAUGCCAACCUGGUGUUGGGUCGAAUACUUCCUCAGUAUUUCCCACAAAUUUUUGGACCAAGAGAAAAUGAGCCUUUGGACAAGGAAGGCGCUAAAGAUUCUUUCAUCAAGUUAACCAAUGAGAUAAAUAGGUUCUCGUCAAAAGAGGGUGCAGGAUUUUCUACUAGGAUGAGUGUUGAAGAUGUGGCCAUGGGCUUCAUCAGGGUGGCUAAUGAGGCCAUGUGCAGACCAAUUAGAGCUUUGACGCAGGCCAGGGGCUUUGACACCUCGCAGCACAUACUCGCCUGCUUUGGUGGUGCCGGAGGACAGCAUGCAUGCUCCAUUGCAAGGGCCCUGGGCAUGAGCACCGUUUUAGUGCACAAGUAUGCUGGUAUCUUGUCAGCGUAUGGGAUGGCCCUUGCCAGUGUGGUACAGGAGGCGCAAGAAGCUUCUGCCAAAGUUUAUUGCAAAGAAAACUUUGCCUUUCUUGAUGAGCGGUUGAAUUAUUUGGACAACAAGUGUAGGGCAAAACUGAAGGAGCAAGGUUUUUCCGACGACCAAAUUAAAGUUGAGCCCUACCUGCACAUGAGGUACCGUGGCACCGACUGCGCUCUGAUGUGCCAUGCUUCAAGUGGAGACUCAGAAUCAGGAAAUAUGAAACACGGAGACUUUUUAGAAUCAUUUCUUGAGAGGUAUAAGCGAGAGUUUGGCUUCACCAUUCCAGCAAGAGACAUUCUAGUGGAUGACAUUCGAGUUCGGGCUACGGGAAACAUUAUUCUGCACAACGAGGCUGAAAUUACACCAGCUGGAACUUCGCUGCCUAUUGAAAAGACCACUAGAGUAUUUUUUGAGACUGGACCUCAAGAAACCCCGGUUCUAUUAUUGAAAAAUCUUGGCCAAGGACACACCAUUAACGGACCUGCUAUUGUAAUUGAUGGCCUGAGUACAAUUUUGGUUGAACCCGGGUGCAUUGCCAAAGUCACUCCUCAGGGAAACAUAAGAAUCCAAGUUGGCUCAACUGGGAAGAGUUUUGUUGGGGAGCAACGUGACCCAAUUCAAUUAGCAAUUUUCUCUCACCGAUUUAUGAGUAUUGCUGAGCAAAUGGGCAGGAUUUUGCAACGAACUUCUAUCUCAACAAACAUCAAAGAGCGCCUUGAUUUCUCUUGUGCGCUUUUUGGGCCUGAUGGUGGCCUGGUGUCAAAUGCUCCUCACAUUCCUGUCCAUCUUGGAGCCAUGCAAGAAGCUGUCCAGUUCCAGCUGAGGCAUUUAGGUGACAACCUUAAUCCAGGGGACGUCAUCCUUUCAAAUCAUCCCAGCGCAGGUGGCUCCCACCUGCCAGACUUGACCGUCAUUACUCCAGUUUUCCACAAUCAGAGCGAAAGACCAGUAUUUUUCGUGGCUAGUCGAGGACACCACGCAGACAUAGGUGGAAUUACGCCAGGGUCAAUGCCUCCUCAUUCCACAAGUCUUGACCAGGAAGGUGCUGCUUUUGUCAGCUUCAAGCUUGUAUCCAAAGGAGAGUUUCAGCUAGAGGCUUUAAAAAAACAGUUAGUGGACGCAGGGACAAGAAACCUACACGACAACCUAGCUGACCUUCAAGCUCAAGUUGCAGCGAAUCAAAGAGGUAUCCAAUUGGUGCUCGAGCUGAUUGAUAGCUAUGGCCUAAACGUCGUGCAAGCGUACAUGGCGCACAUUCAGCAAAACGCAGAAAUUGCAGUCAGGGACAUGCUGAAGCAGGUGGCCCAAAUCAAUGGCCAGAAUUCGACUCUCUCCGCCGAGGACUUCUUGGACGAUGGAUCCAACAUAAAACUAACAGUUACAAUUGACAAUAACAAAGGUAGCGCCGUAUUUGACUUCACCGGCACCUCUUACGAAGUUUGGGGCAAUGCUAAUGCGCCAAGAGCAAUUACUCUUUCUGCAAUCAUCUACUGCUUGAGGUGCAUGGUUGCCCACGACGUUCCUUUAAACCAGGGCUGUUUGGCUCCUGUGAAGAUUGUCGUGCCCAAAGGCAGUCUCCUGGACCCAUCGGAAAACGCAGCUGUUGUGGGGGGCAAUGUGACAACCUCUCAGAGAAUUGUUGAUGUUAUUUUUCGGGCGUUCUCCACCUGCAGCGCCUCAAACGGCUGCAAGAACAAUAUAACUUUUGGCACUGACACAUGGGGAUACUACGAGACUGUCGCUGGCGGCGCCGGAGCAGGCCCUAGUUGGCAUGGCCGAAGCGGGGUUCACACUCACAUGACAAACACCCGAAUCACCGACCCUGAGAUUGUUGAAAGACAUUACCCGGUCGUAGUAAAUCACUUUAGUUUACGAGGCGGCUCGGGCGGCGGCGGCCGUUGGAAGGGCGGCAACGGCAUCCGCAGGGAAUUGCUGUUCCGCACAACGGUCACUCUGUCGGUGCUCACCGAGCGCCGUGUCUUCCAACCCUACGGUCUGUUUGGAGGAGAGGACGGCAAGCGGGGCCAAAACCUUUUGAUCAGGAGCGACGGCCGCAUCAUCAGAUUGGGAUCAAAAACAGCAGUCAAAGUGAACCCAGGGGAAACAUUCCGACUUCUGACCCCCGGUGGUGGAGGAUUCGGCAAGUCGGACAACCUUUCGCCGUGCCAAGAAACACCAGUCGCUCCGAGCGUGCAAACUUUCGCUGAGAGAGGAAGUGUUUACGAGUAUCGCCAAACUCAAGAGUCAUCCUAAUUAUUGCUGUUUUAAAAGUUGGAUAAAAUAAUAAAGUCAUUACUAUUUUUAGAGUUCAAAACUCUUGU